AGCAAGGGUGGUUAGACACUGUGAUUGUGUUGCUUAUCGAAGUCUCUUCUCCUAGACAGCAGGCUUACAGUCAGUACAAACGGCGCCGUGUAUUGGAUUAAAGAUUACGCCUUGGAUAGGUAAUUGUGGUUGUAAGCACUCUAAUCAUCAGAAAGAGCGCAUUCAAACAAAACUCCUUCUUAAACACCAUCACAUCCAAUCAUCUCAUUCAAUGUCUUUCGAUCGUACAAAAUUACCAAUCGUUCAUUUCAAAUCCGAUGGAGUCUUGCAAGCAGAAGAUUUCACAUUGGGUCCACAUUUGGGUUCUCUAAUCCUGGCAAGAGGAACUGAACAAUCAGAACAAAAAGAAUUUGGCGUAGAUUCUGAUCAGAUUCGCAUUUCUGGUCAUGAAUCAGUAGAUUCAGAAGAAUCUGACGAUCACAUCAAAUUCCUCGAUGCACGUAUCGUUUCCCGUAGACAUGCUAGCAUCGCAUGGAAAUUGAAGGAGGAUGAUUUCAAGCCCAGAUUGUAUGUGAAAGAUUUAGGCUCUACACAUGGCACCUUUUUGCGUUACAACGGUCAAACUGACCCAAGAAAAUUGGUUCCAAAGGUAGAUUACGCAAUCCAGGAUGCCGAUUCAAUCAUCAUUGGACGCAAGGUUGAAAAAAUGGGAGAAUGCUAUUUACCCGUCAUCUUUGAUGUUUCAUUUGGCGAAAGCGCAAAAGCUGUCAAAAUGCCUGAAAUUGUGGCAAAACCGUAUUCCACCUAUAUUGGAAGUCCAAUCUGCAUUGAAUCGGGCGAUGAAAGCGAUUACGCUGAGCAUGGCUCCGCGUCAAAGUUGGCACGCAUUCUUGACUCUGAUAGCGAGCUUGAUGAUUUGGAUGGCCCUUCUACAGAGCCUGAGGCUAGAAUGGGAGAUGAUUAUGAGGUCAUGAUUGAGAAUUUGGAUAGCUUUGAUUCAGAGAUGGGCAAUGACUAUAUUGAGUCAGUAGAUUUCGACGAGCAAUUUCAAGACGAUGACAGUCAAAUUUCAGGUCAAUCCUACGACCGUGAAAGCGAAGCACAAUCAGAGGAAGAAGAGGAAGAGCAAGAAGAUCCGUCUACCGAUUUGACGGACCAUUCUGAUCAAGGUGGGGCUGUAACAACGAUUAAGGAAGAAGAUCGUGAAAUCUUGACAAAAACACGAAAGUUAAUACAUAGAAUGAGUAGUUUCGUCGAUUCAGACGAUCAAUCUGGUGACAAGAUUUCAUCUUCAGCAAUCACAGGAUCGAAAGAUGUCGUUCCGUCUAGCUCAACAGAGGUAGACGAGCAGGAAGAAGACGCCACCAAGAAGAUCCUUGCUGAGAAGGAGGCAGAGAAUGAAGUAACAGAGCAAGAGCGAGAAGCUGAACAGGCAGAAGACAGUGACAAAGUCAACAAGCCUAUCUUGGCACGCGAAGUUGAGGAGGCAGAAGUCAUUGUUGAAGACGAAAAUGCAUCAACAUCAUUGGCAAGCGUGAAAGGACCGCAAAAGCUUACUGAAGAGAAGCUGAGAGAAAUGGUCAAGAGCGCAACGGAGCCAGAGAAGGUCGCUGCGGUUGUAGAAGAUGAUGCUACGGUGAGCCUGACCUCUGUUCAAGUAACGACUACCACGGCAACCAAAAGAAAAGCCGAAGAAGCGGAACUCGAUGCACCUCAGGGCAAACAACCUAGUGAUGCUCCAAGUCCAACUCCCAAACGUCGAAUUGUUGGCUUCCGUACUGGAUUAGCGGCCGGUUUCGUUGCUGGUGUGGUUGGCACGAUCAUCGGUUUGAGCUCAAUUCCCUUAAGUGAAGGGCUUUGAAAAGCAGCACAGUCGAAAGAUGUUUUAAAUUGUUACCGUUUUGUAUUUUUUUUUCUCACUUUUUACGACCUUCAUGUCCAUACUUUGUAUAAAAUUCACAACUCAUCACUCCUUUUCCAAACACAAUUUUUUGUAGCUUCAUAAUCUCACGAUAGUCCAUGCUUCUAGCACUGUCCACAUUCCAAUCUUUCCUUUUCUAAAUCAAUGCUUCAUCAUAACACAAAAGAAGAAUUGGGAUGAAUGACACAAUACAUAGCAUCUAUUACAGCUGAUUAAUUUACAUGGCAUCUACGAGAGCCUUUAAUUCGU